AUGGACAUGGACGGAGCAAGCGUCAAUGGAUCGCCUGCAGGAAUGGACAGGAAGCGAUGGACAUACCUUGACCGGAUACUGAAUCGUCCGGGUCCCUUCACGGACGAAGAAUGGGUACCUGGCGAGCCGAACAUUGAGAGCCUAGAGCGAAUGAAGAUCCUCGGUGCUGGAGGGCUAGGAUGCGAGAUCUUGAAGAACCUUGCGCUUUCCGGCUUCAAGGACAUUCAUGUCAUUGAUAUGGACACCAUCGACGUGUCAAACUUGAACCGCCAGUUUCUAUUUCGACAAGCCGAUGUUGGCAGACCCAAAGCUGAAGUGGCCGCUCAAUUCGUAGAGAAACGCGUUCGCGGCGUUAAAAUAACACCCUUCUGCGGCAAGAUCCAGGACAAGGAUGAAGAUUACUAUAUGCAAUUCGGCAUGGUCAUAUGCGGCCUCGACAGCAUCGAAGCGCGGCGCUGGAUCAACGCUACGCUCGUUGGCAUGGUAGAUAACGACGAUGCAGACACUUUGAAGCCUCUGAUCGACGGUGGUACGGAAGGCUUCAAAGGUCAAGCCAGAGUAAUCCUCCCCACAAUGACGUCUUGUAUUGAGUGUCAGCUUGAUAUGCAUGCCCCACGAGCCGCAGUGCCCCUUUGCACGCUGGCUACUAUCCCACGGCAGCCGCAGCACUGUAUCGAGUGGGCGCACAUCAUCGCCUGGGAAGAAGAACGCAAAGGUAACGAUACUCUCGAUACCGAUGAUCCGGAGCAUAUCACAUGGCUCUACCAGAAAGCAUUGGCCCGCGCCAAUGAGUUCAACAUUCCAGGCGUCACUUACUCCAUGACACAGGGCGUUGUCAAGAACAUCAUUCCGGCGAUAGCAUCAACGAACGCCAUUGUUGCCGCAGCGUGCUGCAAUGAAGCUUUCAAAAUUGUUACGAGCACCAACCCUCCCCUUGGGUUCCCAGGAACCAACAAUUACAUGAUGUACACAGGCGAUGACAGCGUCUACACCUAUACUUUCGAACAUAGCAAGAAGGACGACUGUCCAGUAUGCGGCAAUCUCGCUAAGAACCUCGAGGUCGACCCCAAUACGACUCUAGAAGACUUCAUUGCUAGUCUAGCCGAGAAGCCUGAAGCGCAACUGAAGAAGCCGACACUUCGUACUGAGGAAAAGUCUUUAUACUAUCAAUCGCCUCCGUCUCUGGAAGAGCAGACACGCCCAAAUUUGAAGAAGAAACUUUCUGAACUUGUGUCUGAUGGUGAACAGAUAGCAGUCUCUGACCCAGCAUUCCAGAUAACUUUCAAGUUCAAGCUUGUCUUCAAGAAAUAA